CUUAAAAUAGCCGACACUCCCAUGAGUCCUGCCGUAGAGACGCGGGUGCAGCGGUGUGUGCUGCUGCCGGGCGGCAGGUCGCGAGCGAAGGUCGCAGCUAUCACGUGCCGUUCGAACACGCCAUCGAACCCGAGCGACUCAGCGACAUUUUAGAAGAAAACACAAACUACAAAUCCGCGCAUUUCAAGUUGUAGUCUUCCUCGAUUGUUUCUUUUGUGCCUCGCGUUACCUGGGAGACGGUAAUUCAAGAAAAAAAGCCUCCGGAGAAUUGUGGUCGAUGUCUAAAAUAUUUAAUUGAGGAGUCUGAAAAGCAACUUUCAUUUUAAUUGUAUUUUUUAAAUCGUGAAGGAAAGGAAGACUCCGUGAGGACAAACAUGGUCACGACAAAGGAAACCAGUCUGAACCCCAAUGCCAAAGUGUGGCAGGAGAUUCCUGCCCACCAAAAUGACAUCUCCGAGGUGACAGAUAAUUCCUUUUGGCUGCAGUCGUAUCCUCCCAACCCUGAUAUGACCGAAGAGUACACCGAUCUUCUGUCUUCUGGGGAAAAAGAAUGCGACCCAGACUUUCCUGACAGUACUGUCUACGCGUAUGCGCCUCCUGAGGACAGUACUGGUAUAUUUGACGCGGGUUGUUUAGCUUUUGGCCCCCAAAAUGAGUCAGCCUUCGAUGCCAUACAAGAAAAACCUACGCCUGAGUGUCUACGAGAGUCUUUAAAGAAACAACUGGAGUUCUGCUUUUCAAGAGAGAACCUAUCUAAUGACCAGUACCUGAUAUCCCAGAUGGACGGUGAUCAGUUUGUACCAAUCUGGACCAUAGCAUGCAUGGAGGACAUAAAAGCCCUCACCACCAAUACAGACCUCAUCCUGGAUGUACUGCGAGAAUCUCCAUCGGUUGAAGUUGAUGAAGCUGGAGAAAGAGUGCGUCCAAAUCACAGACGCUCCAUUAUUAUUCUAAGGGAGGUGCCAGAGACAACACCAGUAGAGGAAGUGAAGGCCCUUUUUAAAAGCGAACACUGCCCAAAUGUGUUAAGUGCGGAAUUUGCACACAACAGCAACUGGUACAUAACCUUUCAGUCUGAUAUGGAUGCACUGAAGGCUUACAGAUAUCUGCGGGAGGAAGUAAAAGUGUUCCAGGGAAAACCUAUAAUGGCCCGCAUAAAGGCCAUCAACACCUUCUUCAGCAAGCCUGGCUUCACCAGCGCAGACUCCAGUUUGUACAACCAGCAUUCUCAGCCACCAGCUCCGUACAGUUCACCUGUGUACAUGCAGCAGCUGUAUAAUGCUCAGCAGCAGCAGCAGUACCCUGUGUAUCCAGCCCUGGUCCAGUCCUGGAACCAUACAACUACGCCUUACUUUGAAACCCCUCUAGCACCGUUCCCUAACAAUGGAUUUGUGGCUGCUUACAACGGUGGGGGCAACUACAAAGCAAGUUCAAGCUCCAAUCCACCUGGGAGCAGGAACCGAAAUCACGUAAAGGGGUCCUUUAGGCCUACAAAUGCACUCAAUUCCCCACCUUUGGCUCCCCCUGCUCUGAUGGAUGGUCAUUUGGGUCCUGUCCACUCACAGCCCCUUCAGACAUCAGGAACCACAACAGUGAGCCUGCUCUCCAUGAGCUCUAAAAAUAAUUCUCUAAAGGCCACCAUCCCCACAGGAGAGCUUAGCGGAGACGGGCGGACAAGGAGAAGUAACAAUUACAGGGGCAUGAGGAGGAAAAGAGAUGAUGAACAGAACACGUGGUCCGUCCCUGUGAUGGAAGUUGAGCUGCCGCCUCCACCAAAGUUCGAGCUGGAAGCUUCUAAUUUCCCUCCAUUGCCAGGAUGUGUGGUCAGUGUAGCGGAGGAGACAACGCCCGAGAUGCGUCUUUCUGACGUUGUACGUGGUCUAAAAGUGACCAACAAGAUUGUAACCAUCAAGGUAAAUGAAGUGAAACCCCCAAACGUCUCAGAACUUCCAGCACCAAGACAAAAUGUGAAGCCAAGUGAAGUGGUGACACAAACACCAGCACAGCCUGUUACAAGCAUGCGUUUGCCAGUGAAGGAGAUGGACGAGGCCAACGCUCCUGUUCCAAAGGACACGUCAUCAGCUGUCAAGCCUGAAUCUCCUACGGAAGGUUCUCCCUCCAACUGUAGCCAUGGCGCCUCCAAUGUAGCAGAUCCCCCUUUUCCCACCUUGGAACAGGAGCCAAGAAAGCUCAGCUAUGCAGAAGUGUGCCAGCGGCUGACUAAGGAAGCACCACCGUUACAGACUCCGUCUCCAGCCACCGCCGCCUCUACGGCCUUCCAGCCCCUUCAGGAGCUCAAAGUCAACAGAGGGGAGGAUCCUUGCACCAACGGACACGCUGCAGAUAAAUCGGAGAACAAUGCCCCUCCUCGUCAAGCUUUGCGCUCAUUUGGUGGCUUGAAUCGCUGGUCCAGAAGCGGAGGUGGCGGGCUGAAGAAUCGUGAGCAUCCCCGAGGGGAAUACACAAACAAAAACUUUUUCCAACAGCGUGGAGCCAGGAGUGGCAAGGAACAAAACAUUCCCCCGAUAUCGCCAAAAUAACCACACGGACCAAUCCCCACUUCAUGAUAAGCUGACACGAUAUGUGUGUAAAUAGGUAAUAUAAGCAUGUACAGUAUACAAAACUAGUGCAUACAGGAGGAUUUCAGGUAUAGGACAGACUAGACUUACCAAACUUGUGCGAGUAAACCAUUUUAGUUCAGCUUCUGGUUUAAUCCUCAACAGUCGCAACCAUGCUCGCAUACUUUAAAACAAAACAAAAAAUCUCUUACUCUGUUUAGCAUGAUACAUUUCUGUCCCAAAUAUAACUUCACUCUUGUACUGUACAUGUGAUGUCUGGUUUCUGUCAGCAACAUAACACCAGCUCGUUUAAGUAAUUAAGAAAUGGUGAAUAAGGAUGAAACCAAAUCACUAUUAGUUUAAAUGCAUAAAAGGAUACAAAAUGCAUACAAAUAUUAAAUGAAAUGGAUAAAUAACAUCUAGCAUAACUUUUACCUAUUUCAAAUAUUGCUGACUAAAAUAUUUUCCUGAAUUAAAUGGGGUUUCUUGAUAUGCUGACACAACUUUCAUCCGCCCCAUAUUGGCUUUGUUUCACAGCACUACUCAAUUAAAAAAAAAAAAGCACAGAUGUGUAGUUACUGUGUGAUACACAUGUACAGGCACAGUUGCGCUCAUGCUGUACAUGAAUAACAAGACAUUGUCCUGAAUUCAAUAGUGUUAAAGUGCUGGCACUCGCGUUUCUUCGGCCCAAUGGUGGCUUUGUUUUGCAGCCCUUUUCAAUUAAAACUACCGUGUUAUGAAGACAUGUACAGACUAACACAGUUGCACUCAUGCUGCAUAUGAUUGGGAUUUGUUUUGGCACGCGAAUCCGCAAAAUGAGGCUUACGUGUUACGUGCAAUAUUUGGCUGUGUUGUCACAGACAGUAGAUGAAAACGCGGGCAAACUUUUGGUGAACGUUUUAGUCAACGAAUUUGAGGUAAAAUGAGGCGUAUAAAUACCGAGGUACCACUCUACUAGUAAGAAAUGCAACCUCUAUAAUGUCAAUGUACUAAUUGCCCACCUCUAAGGUGCUGUUGUUUCACUGGGAUAUUCUGCAAUGCUGGCUUGCUGUUUAAUCACAGCUUUUUGUGUCGUGAAUGUAUCUUUAAUGAAUUAUACGCUUGUUGGUGAUUGACAUGAGAAUGAUAACUUAUACACGGUCAGCAGUACUCAGGAAAAGGUCGCUUUCAUCCCUCAUAUCACGUUCGGUACAUGGAUACACCUUAAUCGCACUUAGCGUCCUUUUGAGUUGUCUUAUGUAAACUGAUGUGUCGAAUUCACCUUCAGCUAGUUUUAAAACAUGAAACACCUUUUUGAGCCAAGUGUCUCUGAAUUCAACAAAUUCAAACGUCAUGUUUCAUUGAGCAUAUGGCAUAGGAAUGAAAUCAUGACUGAUAACAUGAGAUCAGAUUUUAAAUGAAAUACAUGUUUGUAAGGCAACUAUAAUCUAGAUCAGGGGUAGGGAACCUGUGUCUCUUGAUGACUGCAUCUGGCUCUCAGAUAAAUCUUAGCUGACAUUGCUUAACAUAAGUAAUGAAUAGUUUCAGUGGUAAUUGCAGUGUUGAAAAUAACGUUCGCAAUAUAAAACAUUCCCAUGCAUUUUAAUCCAUCCCAUCCAUUUUCUAUCGCAUCUGUUCAAUAAGUCACAUUAAUGGUAAUAAGUAUUUUAUUUAUUAUUGGUUAGCUUCAGAAACCCAAUGUUAUUAAAAAGAAUUAAGAGACUUAUUGUACUCUAAAAAUGUUGGUCUUACUUAAAAAUGCACCCAUUUGGUUGUAUUCUGUGUUCAAAAAAAUAUAUAUAUAUGGCUCUCAUGGAAAUACAUUAGGAAAUAUUUGGCUUUCAUGGCUCUCUCAGCCAAAAAGGUUCCCGACCCCUGUUCUAGAUCUACAUUUAAAAGUGGACUGCUGAAAUACCGGCUUUAUCCCACUUUUUCUGGUUUUGUAAAUGUUAUGUGGUAGUUAUUUGUGUGUUACUGUAAUUCUUUCCAUAGUAGACAUUUGUGUGUGUUGUAACAAACUGAUUAUGUCUUAAAUAUGUGUAAAUAUACAUAAAGAUGUUGGCAGAUAAAUAUUUAGAUAUGACUAAUUGUCUUAAUUUCGAGGCUGGUCAUAAGUGGUCUUUUUUUUAGGUUUGUCAUUUGUAUAUGUUAAUGGAUUUAUGUUACAUCCAGUCACAACUUCAACAAUAUUUUUUAAAAUCUGAAGCAAACUCAAGUGCCUUAUUAUUGGUGGUUCAUUGAAAAGUACUUCUUUACCACGCUGGACACGCCUUGUUUGCUAGUAGUGAAAAAAAAUAUAUGCUGCAUUAACGCAUAUGAGACAAAUUGUGCUUGUGAAUGUAAAGCACAGUUAUUUCAUUGUUUUUAUUUUGAAUCCCAACGUAUGUUCACACAAUUUGGUUUCACAUAAAUGGAUAUCAUACA